AUGCCAUUCGGCGUUUCGUGUGCUCCAGAGAUUUAUCAGAAGGCUCAGCAACAGUUGAUAUCAGGACUUCCUGGAGUUAGGUGUCUGGCAGAUGACGUCAUCAUUUUCGGAUGUGGUGAUACAGUCGAAGAAGCUAUGGUAGACCAUAACGGCAAAUUACAGGCAACUUUGCAGCGGUUCAGAGAACGUGGUUUGAAACUAAAUCGUUCCAAAAUGAAAAUUGCUCUCACAUCCGUACCCUUCUUCGGUCACGUUCUGACGGAUAACGGAGUCCAGCCCGACUCUGCAAAGAUUUCAGCAGUUUUGAACAUACCGACACCGAAGAACAAGAAAGAAUUGAUGACGUUUCUGGGAUUAACUACCUAUCUGGGAAAAUUUUUACCGAAGCUAGCAGACAUUAGUGCUCCGUUGCGUAAACUAACCCGAGACAAGGUCGAGUUCAAUUGGAGCGAUGAAGCAGAACACUCUUUCCAGCAGAUUAAGCGUUUGGCAACGCAAACGCCAAUUCUUCGAUACUAUGAUGCCUCAGAAGAGUUGAUCAUACAGUGCGAUGCAAGUAAGCUAGGUGUAGGUUGUGCAUUAUUGCAGAAAGGACGACCCGUAGCAUAUGCUUCAAGAACGUUGACGAAAACAGAGAGCAACUAUGCACCCAUCGAACGUGAAUGUUUAGCAAUAGUUUUUGCGUGUAAGCGUUUUGAUCAAUAUAUAGCUGGACGACAAGCAGUGGUAGAGUCUGACCAUAAACCACUGGAGGAAAUAUUCAAGAAACCAAUUACUGAUGCGCCCUUGCGACUUCAACGAAUGAGAAUGUCUCUGCAACGUUACGAUAUCACUGUUCGGUACAAAAGAGGUGCAGAUAUGCACAUUGCUGACUUGUUAUCAAGGACGGCAACAAGAGAUGAGGCAUCGAAGAUGUCAGAUGCGGAGACAUUGAUUGAAGGAAAAAUAGAUGCGGCGUUCCUGGAGAUAGCUAGUACGAAUGUGGUUGAAUUCAUAAACAUGUCCGACGAGAGGUUCAAGAUCAUAGCACAAGCUACUAAGGCAGAUCAAACACUUUGCAAACUUUCUCGAACAUUGGUAGACGGAUGGCCGGAAAGAAAAGAAGAUCUGGACGACGAUUUGCAUCGUUAUUGCGCUAUAAAAAAUGAGUUGUCUUUGCAUCAGGGUGUAAUUUUCAAAUCUGAUCGCAUUUUAGUACCGAAGAACCUUCGUAAUCAGUUCAUCGAAAAACUCCACACAGCACAUUUGGGAAUUGAUUACACGCUCAGGGCGGCACGUGAAUCGUUAUAUUGGCCAGGAAUGUCGGAGCAGAUAACAAAUUACAUAAGAAACUGUGAAGUAUGUAUGACGUUCGGAAGAAGCCAAAGCCGGAAACCAAUGAUGUCACAUCCAAUUCCCGACUAUCCUUUCCAAAGAGUGAACAUUGAUCUUGGAGAGGUUAUGCAAGAUGGAAAAAAAAAUCAGAUUAUGGUAAUAGCUGAUAGUUUUUCCGAUUUCAUUGAAGUUGAUUUCCUCCGAAAUGCCAAAACGAGAUCGAUUGUUAAGAUUUGCAAAGGCCACUUCGCUAGACAUGGAACACCGGAAGUGGUUGUUACGGAUAAUGGACCUCAAUUUGAUAAUGCAGAAUGGAGAAAAUUUCAACUGGAAUGGGGAUUCAGUCACGUUACAUCUGCGCCAUACCAUGCUCAAGGUAAUGGUAAAUCUGAGUCAGCUAUAAAAACUAUGAAACAGUUGUUCCGGAAGUGUUCAAGGAGUGGUACGGAUUUCUGGAAGGCCUUAUUGCAGCAUAGGAAUACACCUAACGCCGUAGGAUCGAGUCCCAAUCAGCGCCUUUUUUCAAGGGAUACGCGAAGUGAGAUUCCUUUAAUUACGAACAAGUUACAACCACCGAAGGCGACACAGGUUAAGCAGAAAAUAACAGAAAAACGUCAAAUAAUCAAGGCAAGUUACGACAAACGAGCAAGAGAACUACCGGAGCUAUGUGAAGGAGAUAAUGUAUUUAUCCAGCGGAGACCAGAUAUAACCGCAGAGUGGGAGAAAGCCGUUCUAUUUAGGAAGUUCCCGGACUUGUCCUACGGUUUGGAGACUCAAGACGGAAGAAGAUAUCGCAGGAGUGCUAUACAUGUCAAGCCCAACAACAAUCAUCAGAAGCAGCAGGAGGAAAGUGAUACGUUGAAAGAAGCAACGUCGGCUGCGAGUCAUGUCUUCAAAAGAUAUGAUUAUAAGAAACACACACACAACUAUGAAGAGGAAGCGACAACUGACGAUCGGGAGGAGGAUCCGGUGAUCGAUCACAAUAAAGAACAGUCAAUAGAGGGAGUGACAGACAAACAUAUUUCCAAGGGAAGAUCUACGCGAGUAAUACGAAAGCCUGCGAGAUUUUCAGAUUUUGUUUGA